CCUGAGUUCACCAUUGGUGAGUCUGUUACCCUGACAUGCUCAGCUCCCAGCUGGGAGAAGAAGAUGGGGUUCUGCUUCCUCAAGGCCGGGGAACAAGUGGCAUGCACGAGACAGGCCCUGGAGGACUCUCAGAGUUACCAGAUUGGCAGACUUGGCAUGGAGGAUUCUGGCUCGUACACCUGCAUGUACCGGGUAGCCGAACCUGGGCAGGAGAUCUCCUCCCUAGAGAGCCAGCCCAUCUCCAUCAGAGUCACGGGUGUCCCACUCCCCCUGCCGGCACCCCAAAUCAUUCUGGACCCCCCCAAACACAUCUAUUUUCACAGGGAACAUGUCAAGAUCACCUGCUCAGUUCCUGGCAUCGAGCAGCUGAGGGGAUACAGAUUCUACCAUCGAAGAGGGGAGCAGAUCUCUGAGCUGGAUGAGGGUGCUUGGCUGGAGCGUAUGGCUAUGACUGGGAAUGCUGGGGCAUACUCCUGUGCCUAUUGGAUAACCCGAUCUGGGCAAGUGAUCCUGUCAGGGAAGAGUGACUCCAUCUCCAUCACCGUGAGUGCUCCUCCUCUGGCCCCCAAACUCUCUCUGCAUCCCAAGCUCCCUGUGUACCUGCCCGGGGAGAAGCCAGGGCUGAGUAUGGAUCCCCCAUCCAGAGUGGUGAGCGAAGGGUUCCCCCUGUUCAUCACCUGCACGGCCCCCAAGGAUGCCAACAAGCGGAGGUUUCACUUCUACAAGGAUGCAGUCAAGCUCAUUCCCACGGAUGUUGGGUCUGAGAUCAGCACCAUGGAGCACGGCACUGGCUUUAUGAAUGUUUCUGUGCUCGGCCUCCCAUGGGCCGGUCCUGAGCGCACUGGGGAAUUCACCUGUGGGAGGAGGAAAGGUGGUGUCGUGGCAGAGACACACCCACAUUAUGUCAACAGACCCUCCAGCACUGGCACAGUUCUGCAGCAAUGGAGCCAUGAUGGGCAGCUCCAGCCAGUGACCCACAACCACCCAGCACUGCCCAAUAACCCUAGAGGGAAGCCCAGAGUGGGUCGAAACCCUCAGAAAAGGGGCAAGAGAGAAGAGGAUGCAGAUGCCAGGGUAGAGUGCAACUCCUUGGUGAGCAAUCCCGUCUAUUCCAUGCUGAAUCCCUCUAGUGCCGUGGCCCAGCAGAGAGGAGGAAAGUACGUCUCGGAGGCUGUGGUGUACAGCGAAAUCCUACACUGAUCAUGGCCUCUGCCACCACACUGUGAGUUCGAGCAGGGAAUGGGACUGGGAUCCAGGCUCUGUGAAGGGAGUAGGUUAGAGCAGGGAGAGCGGUAAUUCCUAACACUUGGGUUAUUUGCAGCAUACAGGUUAGAGGAGGGAGUUUGGGUUUUAAUCUGUCACAGAGAAGCGGUUACAGAACUAUGUGAAAUAGUCCAGAGGGGCCCCUACCCCUACGUCUGUUCCAAUGCACACUGCACCCUUUUGUUGUGGGAACCUUCUCUUACAAUGGGACCCCCUGGAUAUUAUUACUCCCGUUCCUUCUCCGUGGAGUUCUGGGUCAGUGUUUCCAAAAAUCCUUUAAACAAAAUGAAAUCAAGCUG